CGUGUCGCUCAUCAGGUGAUGCGGAGCAGUGGACGGAAUCACAAAAGGAAAGAAGGAAAAAUGAAAGGGCUCGGAUUCAGAUCGAAGGCGGCAGCUUAUGUGGCGGGAGGAAGCGCUAUGUUGGAGAUAUUGCCAUGUAUUUCUAUAUUACUAGACAGGCUGCUCAGAGUACAAGGCGAGGGGACAGAGAUUACACAAGAAUUUCGGAUAGUUAUCUACGUAUCGUUCGGCAUGUACAGUUUUCUUGCUGUGACGUCAUUGGCGUUUCUUGUGGGGGUCAAAAAGGACAAGAAUUGGUUAUUUAUUCCCUUGAUGUUGGUGCUGGUCGCGCUGAUCGCAUUCGAAGCCGUGGUCAUUAUGAUCCACAAGCGGCAGAGGACAAACGAGGUGCUACGAAACUGGGAGGUGGCUUUCAUGAUAUCAUUCGUUGUUCGACUGGUUGUAAAUAUUGUUGCUCUACUCAUAGCGAUGUUCCACUACAAAGAAGUUCGAGUCAACAGUGAGAACACGAGCCGGAGACGGAGGGCACGAGUUAUUCAAAGCAGGCAGAGGAACCUAACAACAGUCACAGAUGGGCGCAUAUUAGAUCCGGGAUUCAUCUUAAAACCGCCCCCAUAUUUAGAGAAACCUCCAUCCUACUGCAGCAACUCACCCCCACCGACCUACAGCUCAGAACCAACCAUAAACGUCGUCUCUGACAUGUUUCAAAAUACCAUUAUAUCACAAAAUGGCGCCGUGGCUCACCCAACAGCAGCCCCUGUAAUUCCUCCGCCGGACUAUUCAUUGUGUGGGGACGAUUACUAUUCAGAUUUUUCAGACCACCCGGGUGCAGUUCCCCCUCCCGAUUACUCAGUUUCGGGGGAUGAAAGCAGUUUUAGAAAUUUACAUUGACCAUGAAACCUCGCAUUUCGUAUUUAUUUAUUGUAGUUAUUACCUGAUCAUUCGACGGUGAUGGGCAACUAUUUUUAGAUUGAUGUUCAAAAGCUCCAAAUAAAUUGGCAA